GCGUCCGCACCGCGCGAAGGCUCCUGGGAAACCGAGUCCGAGCGCCGGGAGGCCCGGAGGCUUCUGGGAAGCGCAGGCAGAGCGGGGCCCGUCUCCUUCUGCGCAGACUCAGCGGUCUCCGGGCCGACACCGGGAGCGGCGACGCGGCUGCGUCCUCCCACCGGAAGUGUCCGAUCAGAACCGGGCCCGUGGGAGAGGAGAGCUCUGGGAACUGAGACCCUUCACAGAGCAGAAGUGGGUUUUCCGGGAAUACAUUCUAUCCCAAGAUGACGGCAGAGUCAGAGAAAGCUGCAGCUCAGCACCUUCCGGAGGACGCAGGGCUUCUGACGGUGAAGACGGAGGAGGAAGAUCGUGUGUGGAGGCAGGACACGUGCUCACAGAGAAGUGGUUCUGUCAGGCGGGAGCUUUGCCGGCAGCUGUUCAGACAGUUCUGCUACCGGGAUUCCCCGGGGCCCCGCGACGCGCUGCGCCGGCUCCGGCAGCUCUGCCGGCUGUGGCUGCGGCCCGAGACGCACAGCAAGGAGCAGAUCGUGGAGCUGCUGGUGCUGGAGCAGUUCCUGGCCGUCCUGCCCGCGGAGCUGCGGGCCCGGGUGCGGGGACGGUGUCCGGAGAGCGGAGAGGAGGCAGUGACCAUACUGGAAGAUGUGGGGAGAGGUGCUGAGGAAGCCACGCCCCAGGUUCCAGUCCCUGGUCAUGGACAAGAAAUAUUCUGGAGAAGGGUGGCAUCUCCUGAGCCAGCACUUAGUGUCCGGUUCCAGCCAGUGGACACCAAAGACCUUCGUGGUUCUCCAGAACCCCCUCUCCUACUGGACUCUGUUUCCUGGGGCGAGUUUACUUCUGCCGGGAGGAGUUCACGUGAUCACUUCCCCUGGGUGGGAUUCACCUGAGCACUUCCUCCAGAAAAGCUUCAUGUGAGUAUUUCCUCCAGGCCGGGUUCUUUGAGUAGUUCUCUGGGUUGGGUUUGGGGGUACACUUCCUUUGGGCCAAUUUCUGUGCUGGGCUCUGCUGCCCUUCCCCCUCCCAGCCUAGCUCCUAGCUGGCACUGCAGAAUGUUCCAAAGACCCAGAUUCCUGGGUGGCAGGUGCUGUCCCAGAUAGGUCCCUGAGGACCACCCUCUUCUCCAUCACCGCCGCUGACUCCCGGGAGCUUUUGUGGUCUGUCAGGUUGCUGUAGCUUAAAGGACAAUGACAGCCAAACCUUCCUAGGCUCAUCAUGGUCGCUCAUCCAUCACGUGUCAAUUCGGUUUGUCCAGAGAAAUCGGAAAGGUGUUUGCAGUCUGGCUGGUUAACUCAGUAGACUGUUCUGUUGUUUCGAAGAUCUAAAGUAGUGGAAGGCAACAUUUAGGAGUGGCCUCGUGUCUUUAUCUUGAAUAACUUCUGAAACGACCGUUCUCCAAGCCCAUUCUACCAUGUCCUAAAUUAAUCUUCAGUCUGGGGAAGUGAAGGUGUGUUUGAAAGACGCCGGGUGGGUACAGAGGCUGGGCACAGAGGAGGUGCUGGAGGUCCCCUUUGCGUGGUCCUGAGUUCUGUGCGCAGAAACCGAGGAGGAGUCCCUGUGUGGCCAGCUCACAGGGCAACUGCAGCCCUUUGCUGGGGUUUCACUAAGUGCAGGGCAUUGAAUUUAAUCUUUCCUUAGUUAUUCUCAAGACAGCUCUUAGUGAUUAGGUCUGUGGUUUAGUUAGUUGCAUUAUAUAUAUACAUAAUAGAGGCGCACCACAUAUGCUGUGUUAAAAUAGAUGAAAACUCUUUAAAAUUAGGUACUAAAACUACCAUUUGUUUUUCAUCAUUAUUGAUAUAGCGGCCUAAAUACUUAUCCGUUUUUUAAAGUAGGGGGUAUAAUCAUUUUGCGUAGUUUUUUUUUUGUUUGCUGAUGAUUAAAAAGGAAGCCAUCAGAAAAGACAGGAGGCUAAAGAAAACAUUAAAGUGGGAAGGAAAGCGGUGAACAUUCAGUAGGAGCUGCUGGGAAAGGCGAUGGUGAUGGACCCUGAGCUGGAGCCGCUGGGGGCGGUGAUGGGGGUGCGGGACCCUGACCUGGAACUAAAUUCUUCUCUUCGGAGUCUCAGGAAAGAGACGGGGAGACUGGUCUGGAACUGCACUGUCCAGUAUGGUCACCAGCACCCGCACAUGGCUGUGGAAAUGCAAACGACAAAUUAAAUGGGGCCUUUGGAGUGCUCGGUGGUGUGUAGCUGGUAGCCGCUGUGCUGUGCGGCACAGAGACCAUUUUUAUCACUGCAGAGUCCUGAAGAGCAUUGCUGUCCCAGUCAAUCAAGUAAGGAGCCUUCUGGCUCUGAUAUCGUGUGACUCUGUUCAGAAAGGUAGCAAAGGGGACACCUGAAGAGGCUUCCGUAGCAACAGGAGACAAAGUACAAACACCCUGAAAGAAAAUGAUUUAGCAAUAAUGGCGCUUUUUCGGCUUUAAAAAAAAAGUGUGUUAUAAUCGGAGAAAGAUGAUUAGUAAAGUAACUACAAUAACCUAAUAAUUCAAAUUGAAAGCUUAAAUUACUACCUCAUCUCCAUAAAAAGAGUGUAAUUACCUUUACAAGAUAGCAUCCCCAUCAGAAACCCACACUAAGGAGAAGCAAGGGCGCCCAUACUUUAAGAUAAUGAACACUCCAAUGUUUUUCCUUUUGGCUUCAAAAUAUAUUAGCAUUUCAUGUACUUGAUCAGUUUUAUAUCCCCAGCUUGAGAAUUUUAUAACCUGACAGGAAUUGUGGCCACAGGCCCAGCACAUUCACGUUUAUAACGCUACCAAACUGCCCUGAGCUCCUGGCUCUGGGAACAGCCACGAGCAGGAAAGGAUCAGAUCUCGUGGAGACGAUUUCACACACUCGUUUUCACCUUGUGUUUGGAAGUGGGAAAACCACCAGAGUCAUUCCGGCUUCACUACUAUUGGAACAUAGACCUUAAAUCGUUCCUCGUAACACCAUGAAGAUAAGCUGAGUUUUUAUGCCUUUUGAAUAUGUCUCCUUUAAAAGAAAAUGUAAGUUUACUUUGAAUGAUUACAUAAACUGAUACAAAUUUUUAAAAUACCAAGUUCACACUCAUACUUGUUUUUAUGACUUAUCUGAGGAAUAUUUCAAAGCAUUUGAAAUAAAGGGUUUUUUAAUGGGCAUGAAGAGAAAAGAUGUUAAGUCUUUAGUAUUAGAAACAUCCUUAUUUAAAAAAUAAAGUUAGGUGCUUACUGAGUGAUAGCUUUUCCCCCUUUUAGUCUUGCUGAGAAACAGUCAUGUGUAGAAGCUGUUUCCGCUGCAGGUGGCCAUACCCCACUGGGAGUUCUCAGUGCCGGUUUCAGGUAAGCAGGCUGCAGGCAGGCAUCGGAGUGAGUGAACCCAGAGCCAACAGACAGGCUGGGGACUUGCACAAUGAACAAAUGAGAACUGCCUUCUCUGAGGUGGAGAGCUUCAGUGUACUUCACUCCUAGGCAGUGCUGUCUUUACCCCCUGCCCCACCCUUGUUCUGUUGUGGAGGUCCAGAGUCAUCUCAAAUUCUACUGUGCUUCUUUCUUAGGCCUCAGUUUUCUUAGUAAGAGCCCAUUGACUUGUUUUAGGAAGCAGGUAAUCAAGCCAUAACUAGAGGACAGAAGGCCCAGCUACCAGUUAGAAAGGGGAGAAAUCCAACCGUCCCAAAUGCAGUUCUUAAAUGAAUGGCCCCUCCUGUCCUUUGCAGCUGUGGGUCCUGAGGUUAGAACUACUCCAGGGCCCCCCUGGAGAUACACACCUGGCCCUAGGCUCUCUCAUGGCAGUUUCCUCUGCUUCUCCAACAAACAUCCCAAUUGCUUAUUCUUUUCCAGAAAUUCCUCAAAAUUUCUGACCAAUUCUUUAUGUUCUAGCACAAUAAUAAUUUUUUUUUUUUACACUUUUUCAGUCAUUUUGGUAGGGAGAGGAAUUAGAUAUAUGUAUCACUUCUAACUUGAACUUGAAACAAGUCACUUUUUUCUAAACCACCUUAUCUCCCAUUUUCUUGUUUUUACACACUCCACUUCCAGAUUCUUAGAGGAGGCUCUCUAAUUAAAGUAAAAUUUUGAGCCAAACCUUGAUGGAUGGACAGAGUUUAGUGGAAAGUAGAAGGAAGUACACUUACAGAGGAGGGAACAGUGUAAGCAACAGUGUGGUACUAAGUGAAGUAGACAUGAGAACCCAUCACCUUAUAUUAGGACAGAUGUUAAAGAGAUUCACAAAACUGAAUUCCACUCUUCUCACUGUUUUUUUUCUUUGAAAAAUAUAGUUAAAUUUCACAAAAUAUGUUACUUAACGUGUAAUGGAUAUGUUAUUGUUAAGAAUAAAUAUUUUUAAUUCCUCAGUUUUAAUUUUGAACACAUCAAAUUUAGACAAAUAAUGACCCACGUAAGUUCUCCAGGGUCUUCACUAGUUUUUAAGAGCAUAAAAGGAGUCACAGAAUAUUCGAGAAUUACUGUGCUAGUCCACGUACCAUAUAUGAAGGGAUCUUGGUGAAACGAAUGCAGAGCAACUGAGGGGAGUGAAUCUGGGGAACACCUUUGAGGCCCCAGGUAUGGAAAAUAUUUGGAAUCUACAUAGAAAUUGUUCUCUGCUUAUACAAAUAAGGAAAAGACAAGUAACCGGAGCCUAACUUUUUUUGUGCUUUGAUGGGGCAGCUAUUGUCAGACCUAGCAACGCUGGGAAGUUUAAAACCUGUCAUCUAAUCCCUGAUGUGGCUACUAUCACUGGUUUAGAAGGGUUCAAUGCUUAUUUUCCAUAAUAGGAAGUCAGUCAGUAUAUAUUAUCUAUACAGGAAAAAUCUAGAAAUGGCAGUGUUAGCAUGCUACUUAUAAAUAUGGAGGUUAAUAAAAGUAAAAUAGUUAAAGUGGUCGUCUCUGGGGAAUAGAUACCGGUAGAGGAGGGAGGAUGGAGGCCUGGUGUUUUUCACGGCAUAAUACUGAGAGUCCUGUUGAAUUUUAUUUGCUUUUUAAAUUUUUAUUUUUAUUAGUAAAAUGUGCAAAUCAGGUGUGCAGCUUACUGGAUUCUUACGUAUGUAUGCAACCAUGCAACCACAACCCCAGUCAGAGGGAAACACUUCUGUCUUCUGUCACCACGGAUGAAUUUCACUUGUUCUUGAAUAUAUGUUCAUAUAAGGUUACAUAGGACUUUUGAGAUUUAUGCACAUUGCUCAUCUAUCAGUAGCUCCUUUUAAUUUCUGAGUAGUAUUCUGCUGCAUGAACAUAACACUAUUUGAUUCUCUAGUCUCCUGUUGAUGAACAUUUGGGUUUUUCUAGUUUGGGCCUGUUGUGAAUGAAGCUGCUGUGGACUUAUGUUUUCAUGUCUCUUAGAUAACUACCUAGGAGUGAGAUUGCUGGGUCAUAAUGUAGGCAUCAUUUAACUUCAUUACAAACUGCCAAUUUUACAUAGCAUGUUACACUCCCACUAGCAUUGUCUGAGUUCCAGUUGCUUCAUAUCCUCAUCUGUACUUGAUACUGUCAGUCAUUUUAAUUUUAGCCAUUCUAAUGGAUAUGUAGUGUUAACUCACUGUUUUUAAUGUUAUAUUUUUCUAACGAAUAAUGAAUAAUGGUGAAUACUUUUUCAUGUACUUAUUGGCCAUUCGUGUAUAUUCUUUUGUGAAGGUGUAAUAAAAUCUUUGCCUAUUAA